AAAAAUGGCCAACAAGAACAACAUUGCACUAUUCCUCUUGCUCAAUAUUUUAUUAUUUUACUCGGCUAGCGCGUGGACCCCACCUAGCCCGAAACCAUACAACUAUGCAUGCCCGAAAGAUACACUAAAACUCGGCGUUUGUGCCGACUUGCUCAACGGUCUUCUCAACGUCACCGUUGGGACGCCUCCAAAGACUCCGUGCUGCAGCCUCAUCGAAGGGCUGGUCGAUCUCGAGGCUGCAGUUUGCCUUUGCACGGCCAUCAAAGCGAAUGUUUUGGGCAUCAACAUUGAUGUGCCUAUCUCCCUUACUUUGCUCCUCAACGUUUGCACCAAGAGUGUCCCGAAAGACUUCGUUUGUGCUUAA